AUGAUUACCGAGACAAUUCAUGGUGAUCGCGACGAUGGACAUGUCUACGCAGUCGUCAUUCUCAUCCUCCUCGUCAUGUCCGGCUUGGUCCAUUCGAGUCUCAGUGGCGCCACUCCUGGCCACGGUGCUGACUCGAAUCUCAAGCCCAGGUCCGUCUCGUCUUCACCCUCAUUCUUGGCAUCAACGUCGCCAUCAUUGCCAUCAUCGCUGCAGCUGCCUCCGUCCGCAGAGUCCGCCGUCACAGCAGCAGCAGCAGUGGCCAAUGGAGUCGGCUCGAUUGGCAACGCGGCAACGAGCUCGACGACGCCAAAGAAGGCCGCAUUCACCGGGUUUCGCCAGUCGCGCCCCAUGAACGAAGGCCUCGCCAUGCUCAAUCCGUACCUGACCACCGAUGUCGAGGACCGCGAGGAGGACAAGCGCCUGAACUUUCUUCAGAGAAUGAUCAUCUCCCCAAAUCCGUCCGAUCUGCGACUGCAGAUUUUGCACCGGUUGCCAGAGCAGUGGGGCGUGGAUGUCAAGCGCGUUGCACAUUUGGAAAUGACCACCUGGUACAAUCCGCUCAGUAUUCUGUCCACGCUGGUCAACGUGCUGGUCACAUUGGCGAUUGGCGAGCGCACGGAUACACGGCCACUCUACGCACUCAUGGACACGGUCGACACUUUGACCCAAGAGCUGCAUGGGCUCAAGUCCGGUUCUGGCUUUGCGACUCCCCAUCCUGCCACGCCCACGUCGACGGCCGCUGCCAUUGGUGCGUCGGUCUCAGCCCUGGUCAUGUCGUCUCCGAUCGCCAGCCCCUCCACGCAUCAUACUUCCUCCAGCAACGAGCAUUCAGCGAGCGGUGCCUAUGCGUCCAAGCGUCCGGCAAGUGUCGACACCACCGCGCCACCCACGCCGUCCAUGCUGCCUCCUGGUCGCGACUUUAAACCGUGGCAUUCGUACGACAGCCACGGCCAAUCCGUCUUCACUCUUGAUUUCGUCGCCGACACGGGCGACGGCUGGAAUUCCACCUUCACCAUCGCGACCCUGCUGGCCCAGCCUCGCCUCGACGUAUUGGAUCCGAAGCACGGCGAAUACAUCUGUCUUGAGCGCGGCAAAGUGCUCGUUCUUGGUGGCGAUUUGUGCUAUCCCGACCCGUCCCCUCAAAACUACAAGAGCCGGUUUGUCGAGCCGUUCAGACAUGCGCUUUGGCCAGAAAAGGACUUUCGUUCUGGAUUUGACAUUGAGCGGCGACACAUCACCUCCUCCACGCAUCCGCAUGCUUUUGCCAUCCCCGGAAAUCACGAUUGGUUGGACGGCCUGGUCGCCUUCCGUCGUGUCAUGUGCAGCGGGCAUCGACUCGGAGGUUGGGUCUUGCCACAACGCCGCAGCUACUUUGCGCUCCAACUUCCUGAUGGCUGGUGGUUGUUUGGCAUUGACGAUCAGCUGACCUACGAUAUCGACGACGGCCAAUUCCGUUACUUCCGAAACGUGGCUGCUCACAUGGCGCCAACCGACCGUGUAAUUGUGGCAAUGCACCGUCCGUUUUGGAUUUUGGAUGGACACCCACGCGAAGUCUUGUCGGUCUUGUUCGACAAGGCGUUGGGUGACAAGCUCAAGUUAAUCCUGGCCGGAGAUUUGCACUUUUACAGUCGACACGAGCGUCAGGAUGGCAAGAUCAAUAUGAUUGUUGCAGGGGGUGGAGGCGCCUUUUUGCAUCCUACCCACAUGCUCGAGAAAACCGUGGCAGUGGAAAAUACUUGCUCAUUCCACAGCAAGUACGACUUGCGAAAUGUCUUUCCGUCGGCCGCCAUUUCGCGCAAACUUCGCCUUCAAGGCCUGCUGUUUUUGCCCAAGAACUAUUCUUUCGGGCUCGUGACGGCUGUUUUAUACCUUUUCAUGGUUGGUUUCUUGCCAUGGACGCUGUGGGAGCCGCCGCACGUCCCAGCAUCCGCCAAAGAACCUUCCGUUUCCUCGCAGCUGCCUCUACACAUGCCGUUUUCUUCACCGUUCACGUUCUUUACCUUCUUGCUACAAGGCAUUUUGUGGUCGUCACUUUCUUUUUCGCUUUUUCUCGUGCUCUGGGGUGGCCUGUCGUUCUUUGUGGACGUUGGCCAUCGAUCUCGGUUCUGGUCGGUGCUCAUCGGCCUUUUGCAUGUAUCGGUGCAUCUCUUCCUGGCCGGCGUGGGCCACUUUUACGCCUUCCAGUUUCUCAUCCAUCGCGAUCCAGUUGUUGGCGCGGCAGCCAAUGGCGGCGCGUCGACGUUUGCCGAUUCGGCCGAAGCCAAUCCGAAUGAAGCCUUGCGGGCUGUCUUUUCAACCUUGGCAGACGUGAAGAGCUUGUCUCAAGCCGAUCUCGAGUCGCUGUACCUGCAGCUCAGCACGUCUCUGAACGGCGCCGCUGCUGGCGCGCUAGGAGCUGUUCUGACGUCGUUCCGCGAGGCCUACGAGGCAACUGAUCAGCAGCUCGAGAUGCACACCACCUCCCUGUUGUACAAUAACGUGCCAAUUCUGAGGACGCUGUUUGCGCGCGCUUUUGUCUGGAUUGCCGGGAUGAUCUUCGGCCCGAUCGUCCUUGGUCUGUACAUGACAGCUGCGUCCUGGUGGUUUGACCGCCACAAUGACGACUUGUUCGCUGCAACGCGCGUCGAAGACUACAAGAGCUUUGUUCGCAUGAGGAUUGACACCAUCAACCACACGUUGACUGUCUUUGGCAUUGGCGUCGAUAAAGUCAAGCGUGAAUGGCCUGCUCUGCGCGGUCGCGGAAAGCUGGAUGAAACUACCUCCCGCUCCUCCAAUCCGCUGUGGUACACCCCGCAGCCAGUUGAUUGUCAUGUGGUUGACCAGUUGACAAUCCGCAAAUUUGACAACUGAAAACGCUGUGUUCCAGAAUUCCACGAGAUUAAAUUGCAAAGCUCACAUUGACAACCCGUGCACACACCCAAAUGCUC